AUGGCUUUCUUGGUCGUGGGUUAUUCGACUGAUGGUGCACCAAACCUUAUACAACUGCUAGGAUAUCGCCUUCAGAAUUUUUGGAUAAUUGAAUAAUCCCUAACCAUAUAAUGCUGCUUAUAUGGUUAAAGGUUUAAUACUACAAGUUAUCAUAAGGAGAAUGAAGGAAUGCUGGAUGGGCAUUCAAAAGAAAUAUGGACCAAGAGAGUACCAUUUGAAUAAAUAUACUUAAGAAUCAAUAAUAUAACUUUUAUAGCUAAAUUUAAUGAUAUGAAUGAAAUAAUGAUUUCUUAAGUUGGCAAAAUGGAGAGAUAAAAUGUAAAGAUAAAAUGA